AUGUUCUCGAACACGGCCCUGUUAUCGUAUCGAACGGGCGCGCACACUUACGCAAAUCGCCGGAACAUCGGCGUUUGCCCGGCGACCUUCGACGGUCCCGAGGGAGCUCUAGCUCACGCGUUCUUUCUUUCGGGAGCGACCGACUUCGUGUCGGAGGUGCACGUUGACGAUUCGGAACCGUGGCACGUGUAUCUAAAUAAGAAUUCUCCUAACACGUAUCACUUGUUGCAAACGCUGACGCAUGAGAUUGGCCACGCGUUGGGUCUACAACACAGCAUGCGCAACGACUCCAUAAUGUUCCCGUAUAUACCCAACAUCGAGAAUCAAUUUCUGGUUAAGCUGAGCAUAGAGGAUGUUCUCGCUAUACAGAAUCUGUACGGGUCUCACGACGACGGAAACUAUCCGACGGCGACUCCCGCGACCACCGCGGCACCCGCUACGACGAGCGUCGCGCCAACCGAUCCUGCGCGCGCGGAUCUCUGCACUUUGCGGCGCGUGGACGCCGCGCUGAUAAUGAAUUACCGAUUGUACAUAGCUAAUCGCCGCAAUGUGUAG